GUCAUUUGCCGCUGCCGGUCAGUGUUUUAUAAAGUAAAAUGAUUCGCGUAUUGGUAUUAUCAGUUUUCUUAGUUUUUACAAGUGUUAAUUGUAAUAUUGUAAGAAUUCCAUUGGAAAAAUUCAAAUCAGCACGAAGAACUUUGCAUGAUGUAGGAACUGAUGUUCAUCAAGUUAUCAUGAGAUACAGUCACAAAGGAAUAGGAGGGCCAGUACCAGAACCCUUGUCGAAUUACUUGGAUGCUCAAUAUUUUGGCGCCAUUUCCAUUGGUAAUCCCCCACAGAAGUUCAAAGUGGUUUUUGAUACAGGAUCGUCCAAUCUGUGGGUACCUUCGAAAAAGUGCCAUUUCACCAACAUCGCCUGCUUGCUCCAUAACAAAUAUGAUGGAUCAAAAUCAACUACCUACAAACAGAAUGGCACAUCAUUUGCUAUCCAUUAUGGAUCAGGAAGUCUCAGUGGAUAUUUAUCAACUGAUGAAGUUGAGAUUGGUACACUCAAAGUAAAAGACCAGACUUUUGCUGAGGCUCUGAAUGAACCUGGCUUAGCUUUUGUGGCGGCUAAAUUUGAUGGUAUUCUGGGUAUGGCUUAUAGUAGAAUAUCUGUAGAUGGUGUUCAACCCGUAUUUUACAAGAUGGUAGAACAGGGACUUGUUAACCAACCGAUUUUCUCUUUCUAUUUGAAUAGGGAUCCUGCAGCAUCAGCAGGCGGUGAACUUCUUCUGGGCGGUUCUGAUCCCGAUCAUUACAAAGGCGACUUCACCUACUUGCCUGUCGAUCGUCAGGCUUACUGGCAAUUCAGAAUGGACGCUGUCAUGGUCGGAACCAAUCCAUUCUGCGAGGGAGGGUGUGAGGCCAUCGCCGAUACUGGCACCAGUCUGAUUGCUGGACCGACCGAUGAUAUUGCUGAUAUUAAUGAGGCGAUAGGAGCAACCCCUCUAGCUGGUGGAGAAUACAUGAUAGAUUGCGGUUUGAUCCCUAGUUUGCCUGAUAUUGACUUCAUGUUGGCAGGCCAAAAUUUCACUCUGACUGGGGUAGACUACACAUUGAGGCUCUCGCAAGCUGGUAAAACUAUAUGCCUUUCUGGAUUCAUGGGACUUGAUAUUCCACCACCAAAUGGUCCUUUGUGGAUUUUGGGUGAUGUUUUCAUUGGUAAAUUCUAUACGGAAUUCGAUUUGGGCAAUAAUAGAGUAGGAUUCGCUGCAUCACUCUAAGUUGAUUUAUGUAUGACUAGUUUGCAGGGUUGUUAUACAGUUAUGUACUUUUCAUGAUUAUUAUUUCCAAGUGGCUCUCUUUGUUUAUUUUGUAAUUGUUAUAAUAAAAUAGUUGAUAACAGUUGUGAUGUAAAAUGAUAAGGAUAAUAAAUUUUUCUCG